AUGGAGGAUGUGUUUUACUGCCAAUAUGCAACCUUAAUAUUUAAUAUUAUUAAAUCUUCAAAACCAGACUACCUUUGGUCCCUCUUAGAAAAAAGAAAUUAUUGCCAUAAUGUAAAUUUAAGAAACGCCAAUCUUUAUUCUAUUCCAUACCACAAAACUUCUAAAUUUGAAAAAUGCUUUGAGUACUUAGCUGCUUCUAUUGCUAAUAAACAUAUGCAUUUAUUUAAACCUGACCUUACUGUUAACACCUUUAAAAGAAAGAAAGCUUUAGGCAUUCCAAAUCUAAACCCUGUUGAAUUACCUUUAGUGCAACUUAAAGGACAAGCUCUUAGUUUAGACCUAAUAAAUCUUAAGGUAUUUGGUUUAGAUAAAGGUGAAAUUACUAAGGUAGAAUUUAAUACAGAAAAUAAAUCAGGUUUAGUGACUUUACAAAUUAAAAAUGCCCAGCUAAUAAGUGAUUACGUCUUAACUGGUAAAAUUCUCGUUCUUGCAUUAGAUGGACGGGGCAAAUCAAACAUAACUGCAUCUAGUUCUGUUUUCGAAUGGAGUUUUAACUACGACUUUAAAGAAAAAAACGGCGAACAAUAUCUUAAAAUAAUUAAAGACGAAACCACUUUUAAAUUAGAAAGUUGUUCCUUUGAAUUUGGCGAUUUAUUUAAAAACGAUCCGGUUUUAACCAAAAGCACAAACGAUAUAUUAACACAGGAAUGGAAGUCUGUUAUUGAGGAUUUGGGAAGUGGAAUUGGUGCAACUGUGGGAAGUGUUUUUAAUCUUUGCACCACAGGGAUAUUUUCUAGAAUACCAUUCAAUCAACUUACAAAUUCAUAAACUGUUACCAAUAUUGUGAAUAUUGUAUUCUUAAAUAUCU